UGCUGGGCUUGAGCCGCGUUUCUUCAACUAGUUUUACUCGAGUUUUGUGCUGUUGCGAACGGGCGUGAGCGCGGUGGCACAAUGAAGGAAUGCAAAGCAGCGAUGCAAUAAAUUAAUGCAACGGCGGUGGCACAGCACGCGUCUGCAUGGCCGGAGUUGCAAUCAUCAUCCGAAACGCUGGGUAUUUUGGAAAAACGCUCUCUGUGGCCAGAGACCCCAGGUUCGUGGUAUUCACCUCGUCCACUUUUAGGUUUGUCACUGUUCGGUAAAUCCAUCCUAUUGUUUUAAGUCGAAGAGAGUAUCCAAGACUGAUCGCUCGAGCAGGGCCUGUACAGCUCAGUAAGGUGGAUCCGGGGGUUUUUGUUUUUAAAACGAUACCUGGUGGUUUUCAUAUCGUGGUAGAUGCACGCAGAAUUUCGUCUCCCUCGAGGUUAUGAAUAUUUCAUUCUGUCGUCACUGCAUGUUACUGUACAUAGCUGAACGAUCUGUGUGUCUGCGGUUGUUUCUAGGAUCCCUUCCCUUGCAUCACGCUACUUGAUGGAAUUUAAAAUGCAUUAUUUCACCGUAAUUAAAAUGGAGAGCCAAGGUUGCCGCUCACACGAGUUGGUUGUGCCAGCGCCUUGAGCGUUUAAAAACCCUGCCAUCAGCAGAAAUCCAUGCUACUUUCGGAUGUGCCACAUAGCCUGUCUAAGGUUUUACCGGUCGCGGACAUGAGGAAGGCAAACAAUGUGUGACUGAAGGUGAAUGAAUACUAGGGAAGGCCUGAUUAUCAAUGAGAACUACAGCCAACAAGACUUCAGGUGCUCCUUCCUACAGCAGAUGGUCCAGUUCACAGCCCCAUCAGUCCAGCUCCACAGUGAGAACGUACCAAAACAGUAAAUCAAGAGUGACCAUGAGCCCUGGCUUUAGCUCCCAGUGGAAUAGCAGCCAACCUGCUUGGAAUACAUACACCUUCCCAAGAGCAAGCUUGCACUACCAGUCCCAUGCUAGCUACACCUACUGUGCUGGACAUCCUGCUCAGUCCUAUGCACCAGCUCCCCACCCCAUGGCUCCUCCCAGCCCCAGCACAAACAGCAGCAACAACAGCAGCAACAACAGCAGCGGAGAGCAGUUGAGUAAAACCAACCUGUACAUUCGAGGCCUUCCACCCGGCACCACUGACCAGGACCUUAUCAAGCUGUGCCAGCCGUAUGGGAAAAUUGUAUCCACAAAGGCAAUUCUUGACAAAAACACAAAUCAGUGCAAAGGUUACGGUUUUGUAGAUUUUGACAGUCCGGCAGCAGCACAGAAAGCAGUAGCAUCUCUCAAAGCAAAUGGCGUGCAGGCGCAGAUGGCAAAGCAACAAGAGCAAGAUCCCACAAAUCUAUACAUCUCAAAUUUACCCGUUUCCAUGGAUGAGCAGGAACUGGAGAAUAUGCUGAAACCUUUUGGACAUGUCAUUUCCACCAGAAUAUUAAGAGAUGCUAAUGGAGUCAGCAGAGGAGUCGGCUUUGCCAGAAUGGAGUCUACAGAAAAAUGUGAAGUAGUAAUUCAACAUUUUAAUGGCAAAUAUCUGAAAACCCCACCUGGUCUACCAGCCCCCACUGAGCCUUUGCUGUGCAAAUUUGCUGAUGGAGGGCAAAAGAAGCGCCAGAAUCAAAGCAAAUACACACAGAAUGGAAGGCCGUGGCCCAGAGAAGGAGAGGCUGGCAUGGCUUUGACUUAUGAUCCAACAGCUGCUAUACAGAAUGGAUUUUAUUCCUCACCGUACAGUAUUCCAACAAACCGCAUGAUUCCACAGACAUCAAUCACACCAUUCAUUGCUGCUUCCCCUGUCUCUACAUAUCAGGUCCAGAGUACUUCAUGGAUGCCUCAUCCGCCGUAUGUUAUGCAACCAACAGGUGCUGUGAUAACACCAACAAUGGACCACACUAUGUCAAUGCAGCCAGCAAGCAUGAUGGGCCCUCUGACCCAACAGAUGAACCACCUUUCCUUGGGCACAACAGGAACGUACAUGACUGCUGCUGCACCUAUGCAAGGGACCUACAUUCCCCAGUACACUCCUGUGCCUCCAACAGCUGUCCCUAUUGAAGGUGUUGUUGCUGAUACUUCUCCACAGACAGUAGCAUCGUCAUCACAGGAAGCCAGUGGUCAACAGCAACAGAUGACAGUGGAAACAUCCAGUGAACAUGCACCUGCAUAUUCUUACCAACAGUCUAAACAAUAAACAGGACUGAAGAAUGUCGGUCUGAAAUCUUUGCCUUGAAUGGAGAAACUUCACUGAACAAGAAGUUGGCUUCCAGUUUGCACAGGCGUCAAAUGAAUGCUUUUUUUUUUCUACCUUUCCCAACGAAAACAAAACAGUGUUUUUAUGUGCUGUGCAAAUGGUUCCGUCAUGUAGUCUGACAAUUUUAUUUUUGCUAUUUUUUUUUUCUUAACUAAAGAAAAAACCCAGAGGAGAAAUGCUGGGUUGACAUUUCAUCUGGACGAACAUUUGAAUUCAGAAUUUACCUGGAGGUGUAGCUAGAUUUUCUUUUUUAACAGAAAAAACUGAUGAUGUCAAGAGGGAGCAAGUUGAGAUGAAAACCAAUUGUCUUCCUCAAAAAUUAAGCUACUCUUUUUCUCUCAUUUUAUUUUUCUUCUUGUUUUAAAUUUAGAGUGGUUUUUGGUUGUUUUUUUUUUUGUUGUUGUUGUUGUUGUUCAUUUUUUGUUGUUUUCUUUUUUUGUUGUUGUUGUUCAAUUGUUUGUUUUAAAGAAAUGUUUAGGUAAGGUUUAUCUUGAAUCUUAAUUGCCUUAAUUUUAAGGACGUCAAAGGCUCUCAAGGCAAGCUGUCAACGUCUUGUUAGAAAACCCGAGAAUGAAUUGAAACUGCUCACACCGGUGCUGGUGCAGAAGUUUAAUAGACUGAGUUUUUGGGGUGAACAAAAAUAAACUGUACAGUUUAAAAGAAAAUGAUUUUCUUCUUUUGAAGAAAAGUUGAUGAUAAAGGAACUGUGGCAACUGAAAGGAUUGGAAAAAUGCUGGGACUUUUAUGAACUUUGUCUUAAGUGUUGACAGAAAAAAAUUCUAGAAGGCUAAAGCAUUUUACAGUAAAGUUAUUGAAUUGAGAAAAAAACUUGCUGCAUUGUAGAGAAUGCAGGGUUUUUUUCUUGCAGAAUGCAGAUUUUUUUAUUUACAAAGCGUGAUCGCUAGCAAAAGCAUUAGUGCUUUUUAUCUGCAGUCUUUUUUAUGAGCUUUAAGAAGUUUUUAGUCUGCUUUGCUUGUCACAUUGCAAAAACCUAGCUUAAGAGCAUUAAAAAAACUUAAGUAGAUAGGAGCUUAUGGUCAAAAAAGUGCAAAAAAAGCAAUAGAUAGAAGAAAUUGUUGACAAUUUCUGUAGUCUUUCCUAGUUGUGAACAAAUGCAGCCUAUGGAUGGCCUAUUUUAUACCAAAGAUGAAGUGACACCCUAACGCAGUCCAGAAGAUAGAGGUUUUUUUCUUUUUUUUAUCUUUAUUUGACCUACAUGGCCGGACCAGUUCUUACUUUCUUGUUUGUUUAAACUAUCUUCCACUGGUGUUUUACAUACUGCAUAUGUUUAUAGUGGAAAUUUCAGAAUAGUUGGUAUGAGAAGCUUAUUGAUGGUGUGCUUUGGAGAACAUCACAAAGCAGGGGAGCGGGUCACCAACUAAUCUGUCCAGGUGGGCUUAAUUUUGAUGAGUUUUUCUGUUGAAUUGCCUGAUCCUUGGUAUUUCUUCUGAAACAACAGUCUUCCUUCUGAAUUCCAACAUACCACAGACUCAUUUCUUCACCUCAGUCUUUGUCAUCGUCCAGCAUGCAUAGCCACCUUAAUUCUGCGUUUUUCGGCGAUGCAUUCAAAUUGCCAGUUAGAUGCGACAGAAAGCAAACUUGAUCUUUGUUCUCAUUUCAGCUCUCCCAUACAAGCAGAAAUGUUGAAAAUGACUUACGCUAGUAUUGUCAUGCAGGCAGGAAGUUAAAAAUUAUUCUUCUCUGCUAUGAUUUCCGUUGUCUUAAUAUGUUGGCUGACAAUCACUAAUUAGUAUGAUUAGGCAGAAAAGACGUUAUCUAAACUGAAUCCACUGAAACCUGUUUCAGGAAUGACAGUUAUUCUCCACAGAGAAAUCUUGAUUAUGGCCCUUGAUUUUUCCAAGCAACCAAAAAAAGGUGAAAAGCAAGUCAAAAGAUGAUUUUUUUUCCUUCAGGAGGCAGAAGAGAAGCAGCAUUUAAAUAUAUACAUACAUAAACAUAUUUCUAUAUGUAAAUUUAAACCAAACAUUUUUAAACUUUCCUCCAUUCAGAAGAGAGGGGAAGCUUCAUCACAUUUAUUGUGGUGCAUUAGAGACAGGGUAUCCAUUAAAAAUAAUUAAAUUCAAACAUUUAUAUUGGAUCAAUCUGAUUCAGCCACCCAAAUCUAAAAAGAGAUCUCUGUUUCCCUAACCUGACUCUUAGGGGGAAAAGUACACAAUUAUUUUUUUAAAUUGAUAAAACAAGAUCAUAUAUUUUAAUGUAGUGUGGGGUGGGAGGGGGUUUCCCAAGUAAAUGGCUGCUAGAUAUGCUACAUAUAAAAGAGAGGAAUGGGAGUCCACGUGGUUCUUCACCAUAGGAAGAGGGCCUGAUUUUCAGAAGUGAUGAAACUUCUGCUUUCUCCAGAGUAGUUGUUAAUACUUGCCACUUCUGAAAACCAGAUGAUGCCAAAAUAAAAGAACAACAAUAUUCACAUUUUUAAUUCAGGAAAAAAAAAAAAAAAAAAAAUCAUAUCUCUUUCUGUUCCACAUACUGUCUCAUUACAUGUUGCUUUUUGAGAGUGGCACUUGAAUUUCGUCCUUGGAUAAAGGUUCCCUCUGUCUUUGGAGGGCAUAUGUGGGAAAAAUCAAUCUAGCCUUAUUUUCUUCCUUUCUACACGUACUCUCUUUCUGUCUCUCUCUGAAUUCUUUGUACAAAUAGUGAUAACCCCAGGCACAAUUCAGUUAAAUAUAAAAUAAACAUAUUUGUUUCUGUGUUAGUUCUAAUGUGACAUUCAAAAAGUCUCAUUUACUAUCAACAAUGAGGCUACAAGGUAGCUACCAUGUGGCUGAUGAAUAUGCUGAGGUACCUUCUUGUUUCUAUUCAGAACUCUGCUGCUUUAUUUAUACAUUCAGAAACAUUUUUGUUAUUUUUUUCAGCAAACAAAUUUAAGCAAUCUCAAUGUUUUUUAUUAAGUCAGACAGGCAGAACGGUAUCACGAUGCCUGUCACUUUAAAGUGUUUCAAGUGCAUUCUGUGUUAGAAUUGUUCCUUUUCUUUUUUUCCAUGCUGCAAUGUUUAAUAGUGUUUGAAAUCAAAACAAACAAAGAAAUAGAGGAAGAAGAAGAGGAAAGAAAAUGGAUCCCCUAAAUACAAUUGAUCAUCUUGCUGUUCCCAAAAAUCAGUGAAAUGGUACUUGAAAGUCUAUGUUUUAUAAGCAAUGUGAGCUUUGAGUAUAGUCAUAGAUCGUAAGGUAAGAAAAAAAAUAGAACAUACAAAUGCUCAGAAAGUGGUAACUUAUUUGUAAAAAAUUUAAGAUGAGAUAAGAGAUAACAAAAAGCAACACACUUGCUGCAUGGUUGUCAUCAUAGCACAGGAAUACUUGGUGGCUUCUGAACUCAAAAACUGGUUUUCUUUAUGUUCUGGCUAAUAAGAUUUAUUGGAAGGUUUAUUAUGAUUAUCUUUUUGAUUUUUUUUCUUGUUUUUGAAGAUCAGAAUUCAUAAAGUCAGUAUCUAUGUCUUACCAAUUAGCUUUAAAUAUCACGAGGGUUCCUGAAAGAUUGCAGAAACAACUCUAGAAGUCUAAGGCAAUGGUGCCUGGCCCAGCGGUCUAGAAGCAACAUCAAAUCCAUAAGCUGAACUGCGUAUGUACUUUCCAUCACACCUGAAUUCUUGUAAAUAGUCAAAUCUGGAUGUUCAGGUUUGGUAUUUUUGUUUUUACUUUAAAAGAUAAAUACGGGAUGGGUGUCAGAAAAAUAUGAAUUAUGGCUAGAAAAUUCUGAAUACCUGGGCUCGUCACUUAACACUGAGAAAAAAAUGAUACAGUGGAACUGAAGAGAGUAUUAUAUUUGCAGGUGCUGACCAGAGUGUAGAUCAGGGCACUGAAAAGUCUCACGUUUUCCAGUGAGAUCGUUGAGGGACUCUUCUUCCUAUCUGGCUCUACUGCUGGUUUUGUAAGCACUUUUCACCUGUGACAGUCAGGCCUCAAAUUGUGAAUGUCCUCCUAUUGCCUUCCAGUGAAACAGACUCUUGAAAUGUCCUUAGCUUGUGCUUACUUGUAUAGUUCUGUUUACCAAGAGACUGCCUUGGUUGUGUUGGUCAAGAAAUCCACUGUAAUGCAGAAUGAGGCAUAUCUGAGAGCAAUUGCAUCACAUUGUAUUGUCUUCUGCUAUGGAUGCAUGCCCAACUAUAGAAGAUAAAGGCUGGUUAUUAGGGAAGUUGAGGGCUUAAACUUUCAAUGGGCAAUGGGCUGAAGCAUUCAAAUGGAUUUUUACACAAGUAAAAAUCGAAUGAAGGGUAUUAUUUAUGUAUGUGUGUGUACCAAAACUCAGCAAAUUUGAGGAAGCCUGCAUUGUAAUAAAGUUUAUUUUUAAUAUGUCAUAGUAUUUGGAUCUAUAUUAUGUUGUUUAUGGUACUGAAGGAUGAGACUGAUAAUAAGUGUUUAAGAAAUUGACAUGCUUCUUGAUUUUAAGCUUGAUGGUGCUCCUCAUGCCACUUCAUUUUAAUGCUGAGGUUGACAUGAGCAAAACAGGUUUAGGCAGACUAGCUGAACUCCACCUACAGUAAGUCAUGCUAAAGAGUGGUAAUGUGCUUAAAGUAAUAAAGCGAUCUAUUUUUAGUGGUGAGACCAAAUGUGGUAGUUGAAGAUAGUAACGUUUGAUACACACAUGGUCAACAUUUCCUUUCAAAACUUUAUUUAACAUGAAAUUGGUCCUUAUACAAAAGAAGUGCCCUAGGGUAAGGGAUUUUACAGGUCUUUCUAGGUAGCCCAUGUGAACUGAGAAAACAGUCACGGUGUGAUGGAAAUGCAAAACAGAAAACAACAAAGACACUGACAUUUGGUGUAUUAGUCUUUUCAGUUGAAUGGCAAUUGGCUCUAAUAAUGAGGAUUUCUUCCAUUUCUAAUACGCAUACACACAGUCAUGCCCGCACACUUUCCCAGAGGAGCAGAGGAGGGCUGAGUGACCAGCAGACUUCUGUCCCUCACUGGAGCAGAUUUCUAGAAUCUCAGCAAGCAGCAAAGAUGCAGUGUAAGGAAAGUUAGCCCUCAAAAAGAGCACCGUUUUUUUCUAUAUUGCUCCUGUCACCUAAAUAGGCUAGAACUCUGUAUUUACCCCAGAGAUUUAUUCACCUUUGUGCCUCAAAGCAGGCAGAAGAGACCCUUUCUUCUCCCAUUUAUUAACAUGUUCUUUGUUAAAAUUAACAGAAAACUAUGAGAAAUGUUGUUUGAAAAGUAAAAGACAAAGUGUUGCUUUAGCUUUUCAUGGUGAGAAAAAUGUUUGUCUUUAUUUCAGUUGUUCAGGAUUUCACUCCCCAACAGUGACAGUUGCAUUUUUUCACGUUAAUAAAAACGUGUAAUGAAAAG